CGCACUCACACCAACCACACCACCAACCACCAACAACCGUCACAAAGAAAAAGCUGCGACCAGCAAGCAAAAGCAAGAAGCAAAAGACCAAGACCAUGAUACGAUUCUGGUGUGUGUUGACGUUGACAGCGCUAGUCCAUGUCUUGAAUGUGCGUGAAUCCGUUGGGAUGAUCCGCAUGCAAUUCGACGACCGUCCCAACGUGGAGCAUCGUCGCUGCCAAAAGGCCAAAGUGAAGAAACGCCAUCUGGUGCGCUUGCACUACAAUGCGUCCAUUGACGAGAGUUCUCCUGUGGGGACACCUGGGCAGGAAGUGGAGAAUACAAGGCGGACUUUUAGCAGUAGUGCUAGCACUGCUAGCAGUAGCGCUAGCAGUAGCAGUCCCAUAGAGAUCAUAGUGGGAGUGGGGCAGACUGGUUGGGAUCAAGCUCUAGUCCAUUUGUGUGUGGGCGACAGAGCCAAUCUGAUUGUGAAUGCUCCUGAUGCUCCUUAUGGAAUUGAGCGGUACCGAGACAAUGUCCCUAGAGGAGCUGUUGUCAGAAUCACUCUGGAAAUCAUGGACACUCAACCAGCACCAGUCAAACUCAGAGACCACGACUCUUACUUGUUCAGUGGAGCUGACAAAAACAACGACAAACAGUUAAGUCAAAGAGAAUUCCUGUACUAUUUCAAGGACAAAAAAGCCAGGAUUGGAAGUCCUCAUUACCGACAAGUGCUCAAGGAACUAGGGGACCUCUUUGCAGAACUGGAUAGAAAUGGGGACAAGUACCUCACUCUAGAUGAAUUCACAUUCCACAAGACAAGUGUCCACUACCGAACAGAGCUCCGACCCAAAGACGAAUUUGACUUUUACGAUGACAACAAAGAUGGAAAACUAAACAAGAAAGAAAUUGAAGGAUUCUUCAAAGCUAUCAAGAGAAAGGUGCCCAUGGACUACUGGAAACACAUGGACAAGAACAGAAAUGGAUACAUUUCAUUUGAAGAAUUCACCAAAAAGGCAUACCACAAGUACACCACUGAUGAACUAUGAUCUGUACCGGUACUGGUACUGUCUGUAGUCUACAUACACUACUUACUUUUAUUGUACAAUUCAUACAUACAUACAUACAUACUGUACAUGUAAUAAACUCAACUACACCACUU